GGAUGGACAGUUCAUUUAGUCACUGUGCGCCCACUGUGUGCAGAAACAGUGGUGAAUGAACGACAUAGUCCUUGACCUGGUGGGCUCAAAGUCAAGAGGGGCAGCCUGGGAAGAAAGCGAGGAGUGUUACUUUGGUGUGAUAAAUGCUGUUAGGGUGAGUACAUAAUCCUUUGAGAGCAUUGGGGAGGGCCUCCUAGUCUGGACUGGAGGUGUUGUGUUGGCAAAGACUUCUCAGAGCAAGGGAGUGAUAUUUAAGCCAAAUACCCGAAGGAGGAAUAGGAGUUAACCAGGUAAGAAGUGGGGGAAAAAUAUUUCAGGACAUUAAUUCUCUUGAGAUCCCAGGCUGCCUCCCUUCAGCAACUAUGUGUGCUUGGUCUUGACAGUUUAUACUCUUGAUGGUCUGUGGGAAAAAGAACAGUAGAUGGAGAGUCAGCAGAGCAGGAUUUUAUAUCUGGGUAAUUCAUUUCACCUUGCUGGCUGUUAGUUUCCUCCUCUGUGAAAUGGACGUUCCACCUGUAGUCCUGCCUCCCUCACAGGUUGAUUGUAGGCACUACAUGAAAUAAUGCAAGUAGAAGUGUGUGGGGCAUUGAAAGUGUGAUGCAAAUGUCAGGAAUUAUUAUGGUUACAGGAUGCAGUCAUCUGAGCGUGAGGGGUGUGGGCCUGAGGCCAGCCCCAGUGUGAUGCCUGAGGCUCCCCUGGAGUCUCCACCUGCCCCUGCCAAGUCCCCUGCCAAGUCGCCGGCAUUUGAUCUUUUCAACUUGGUUCUGUCCUACAAGAGGCUGGAGAUCUACCUGGAACCCCUGAAGGAUGCAGGUGACGGUGUCCGGUACUUGCUCAGGUGGCAGACGCCUUUGUGUUCCUUGCUGACCUGCCUGGGCCUCAACGUCUUGUUCCUCACUUUGAAUGAGGGUGCAUGGUAUUCAGUGGGUGCCCUGGUGAUUUCAGUGCCCGCUCUUCUGGGCUACCUGCAGGAGGUUUGCCGGGCACGGCUGCCCGAGUCUGAGCUGAUGCGGAGGAAGUAUCAUAGUGUGAGGCAGGAGGACCUGCAGAGAGUUCGCCUGUCUCGCCCCGAGGCUGUGGCUGAGGUGAAGAGCUUCUUGAUCCAGCUGGAGGCCUUCCUGCGCCGCCUGUGCUGCACCUGUGAAGCUGCCUAUCGAGUGCUGCGCUGGGAGAACCCCACCGUGUCCUCACAGUUCUAUGGGGCUCUUCUGGGCACGGUUUGCAUGCUGUAUCUGCUGCCGCUGUGCUGGGUCCUUGCCCUUUUAAACAGCACACUCUUUCUAGGGAAUGUGGAGUUCUUCCGAGUGGUGUCUGAGUACAGGGCAUCUCUGCAGCGGCGGAUGCAACCCAGCAAGGAAGAGGGUGCCUUCCAGAGCCCAGUGCCUUCGGAUGCUGGGGGGAAGGGUGUUCUGUCAGACUGCACACCUUCGCCUACGCCCACAGAGGACCUCACGCCAGGCAGUGUGGAGGAGGCCGAGGAGGCUGAGCCUGAUGAGGAGUUUAAAGAUGCGAUUGAGGAGGAUGAUGAGGGUGCCCCGUGUCCAGUAGAGGAUGAGCUGGCCCUGCACGACAAUGGGUUCCUGAGCAAGAAUGAAGUGCUGCGCAGCAAGGUGUCACGGCUCACAGAGCGGCUUCGCAAGCGGUACCCCACCAACAACUUCGGGAGCUGUACGGGCUGCUCGGCCACCUUCUCAGUGCUGAAGAAGAGGCGGAGUUGCAGUAACUGUGGAAACAGCUUCUGCUCCCGGUGCUGCUCCUUCAAGGUGCCCAAGUCUUCCAUGGGGGCCACAGCCCCCGAAGCCCAGAGAGAAACUGUGUUUGUAUGUGCCUCGUGUAACCAGACCUUGAACAAGUGAGAAGAGGGGACAGGGUCCAAGCAGGCGACAGUCCCUGGGCCAGCAAUGGAACCCGCUCUCCCUACCCCUAGCCCCAUGUGAUGUGUUCUGGGCAAAUGUGGCCCAAAUGCUAGGUAGGCUUCCCCUUUCUGUUCUUGCUGUUUCCAGCUGGGUUCUGGAGCUGUUCCCCACUCCUGCAGAUGGUCAUUAAUGGCUGCUUUCAAACCCCAGAGGGGAGAGGAGCCCCUGGAGGGUCUGGCAUGUUUGCCUUGCUCUGUCCUGGGCUGUUAGUAGACUUUCGCCUGGCCAGGGAAUAUAAGCUAGAGGGCAGCAGAGAGCCAUACCUCUGAGGAUCAGGGGUCUCUCCAAAGCAGGGAAUACUCUGAGACAGGAGAUCAGAAACUGGGAAAAGAGAUUCUUCCUCCCGCGGGAUACUGGGCCAAGCCUUUCCCUCUGAGAGUCUGCAGAAGGGCUUGGGAGUGCCAUGCUACAACUCUGCUGUUUGAAUGUCCCUCCAGGCACUAGGAUCUCAUUAUUUGCCCACCAGUACUUUUGGGCUAACAAGACCAAAAGUGUUUCUAGAAACACGGUUGAAGUUCCCAAGUUCCCCCAGAGGAGGACGUGUCUAGGAGGGCCUGGCAGAGUCCUUCUAUUAACUAGAGCAAAAUGUAGGGAACCCUAGGAGCUCGAAGGGCCUCAGCCCCACCUUGAAGAAACCUUGACUUAUAGAAUCUUAGCCCACAUGCUGCCCUGGUGUCCUCAGCCCUGGCUAAUAGGUGGCAGGCACUUAGAUUACUUCUCCCCCUGCUCAGAGCCUCGGGCACCCCUCCGAUGGCUCAGAGCUACAUUUCCCCUCCCCAGCCCCUUGUCCUUCCGAGUGUGAGACAAGGCAAGCAGAGCAGAGGUCCUGAAGCCUUGACCCUUGGGGGCCUGGGAAGUGCAUGAUCUUGCCAAGCUGGGUCUUAGGUUCCAGGGCUGUUCUCCAGCAGGACAGUCUCAGUUAUGGGCCAAUUGGGGUCCCAUCCUCUCUCUAGCAAUUUCAUAUUCAUUUAUGUGCUCUUCGGGGCUUUGUGUGUCUCUAAGCCAUGAGCGGGCUCAGGCACCCCUCCCUUCCUAUGGAGCUGCCCUGCCUUUUUGAAGUAUUUAUUUAUUUAUUGCUUGGUUCCUGGGAACAUGUGGCACAGGGAAUGGGCUGAGGAGGUUGGGGGCUUCUCCUGCCCUAGGAUGCUUCCCUGGAGUUGACUUAGAGCCCGUAGGAGGUGGAAAUGUUUCUAUACCCUAAGCAGGGACCCAGGAGGCAGGUUGGGGAGACAAGGACCAUCCUAGGCCAGCUUUCUCGCCAGGCCAACCAGUCUAGCUAGGGCUGGGAAGACAGGAGCCUGCUCCAGGCUGGUGAUGUGAAAGUCCCUGGGGAACCAGGUAGGCCUUGGUGUACCCCCUUCCUUGAGCUCCUUUGUCCUGUUUGGAGAUGAGAGUUAAGUACCCUGUGCUUUAUUACACUGGAGAGGAACUAAAGGACUUCUGUGUAUAUGGAGAAUUAUCAAUAAAAAGGCCUCAAGCUUCUUA